CUUCUUUGACGAUUUUAUUCUUUUCUGCUAUUCUUUCUGGUGCUGUCAUGACGGAAGGGAAGUUAUAGUCCGCCGCCAGCUGGUGUGGAAAAAAGCAAAGCGGGUUGAGCACGGAGUUUUGUCCGAUGUACCCGGAGGACGCAUGCAAGCCCAACAGAUCUCACGAACAGCCAAGGCAGACAGACUUGAACACACCACACUUUCUCAAACUCAAGGCCUGAAGGACUGAGAUUCGGUAUAUCCCGGCUCACGACGUGGGAGCACGACGUUGUUGCCAGAGCUCCUCUUCAACUAAAUCCGACAACCGCAUACUGAUGACAUCAUUAGUCAUCCCCGGAUCAACCUCCGACUCGGUCCUAGUCGUAUGUGUAACAUGAUGUAGCAUGAAGAGGGGAAGCUGGAUAUCGUGAAAUUCCGAAUGAUAUUCUUGUCAUCGGCUUCAAUGUCGGCGGUAAAGAUGUAGGGGGAAGGAUCUGAUCAUUUAAACGCAGUGAAUUUCACGUUGAUGCUUUUCACGAAAUCCUUCACCUUGUCAACUUUGUGAAUAAAUAACACCGGCCCCAUCGACAGUCCGAGACACAGUCCAUCCGGCUACGAUAGUUCAUCCCGAGUGUCUUACUCAGUCCGGUCCUUCCCCACGCUGGACAACAUACCUACCUCAGAUAUCCCAUCUUCAUGUGCUCAUCCCAACAGCACCUUUGAUAACGUCAGCGUUGCUAUCACAAACCGCCGGUCCGAAGUAAACAAAUACUCAUACAAGUCAAAAUGGCACCCAUGCCCAAAACCAUGUUCGGCGUUGUUAUCCCCCGUCCAGGUGGCCCCGAUGUCCUGGAAUACAAGACCGGCUUACCCGUCCCUUCCCUCGGUGAAGGCCAAAUCCUCGUCCGCAACGAGUAUGUUGGCGUCAACUACAUCGACACAUACUUCCGCACUGGUCUCUACAAACCUCCCUCCCCCUCCUCCAACAGCAACCACCCCUCCACCAACGGCUCAAACGACACCCCCUCUCCCUACCCCCUGAUCACAGGCAAAGAAGCCGCCGGCACCAUCACCGCCUCCUCCCACCCCUCCUACCCCGUCGGCUCCCGCGUGGUCUACCUAGCAGACAACACAUACGCCCAAUACACCCUCCUAACCUUCCCCCUCACCCAAGCCACUAUCCUCCCGGCCUCGCUCACCCCCGAAACCGCCUGCGCAGCCUACCUCCAAGGUCUCACCGCCCUAACUUUCAUCCGCGAAGCAGCAGGAAUCACCCAGCAACUCGGAAUCUCUGAAGGACCAUGGACCCUCGUCCACGCAGCAGCAGGCGGGACAGGCUCCAUGCUCGUCCAGAUCCUCGCCGUCAUGGGCGCCAAGAUCAUCGCCACCGCCGGCGGCAAGCAGAAGUGCGAAUUGGCCAAGAAGUUGGGAGCAGGAUGGGUGGUUGACUCUAGCCUCCCGCAGGAAGAAGUCAUCCGGCAGGUCAAGGAAAUCACCAACAACAAGGGCGUAGACGUGAUUUUUGACGGGGUGGGCAAGGCGACGUUUGGAACGGUAGACCUAGAUGUCGUGGCGAGGAAGGGGACGAUCAUUGUGUUUGGGAAUGCGUCUGGCGCUGUUGAACCGGUCGACCUCUUCCGCCUCAUGCCCAAAAACAUCAAGAUUAUGAGACCUUCCAUGCCCGGAUACAUCACCACCCCAGAGGAAAAGGAGACCUUUACAAGCGAGCUUUUUGACUUGCUCGUAACGGGCAAGAUCCACGCCAAUAUCCACCAAAUUUAUCCCCUCAAGAAUGUUGCCCAGGCGCACAUCGAUCUGGAGAGCAGGAAGACCACGGGCAAGCUUCUCCUCAAAGUCGAAUAGUACCUUGAUUGGCGCUUCCAUGGUCACGACCUUUUGUUUUGUCGAAAAUAAAACGAAGUAUCCAUUCAAAUAAACGAGAAAACGUCUUCUUUUAUGUCUAACCAUUAUCUCUGUAAUAAAAGCCCUGAGAAGAAUACAUGGUUUGCAGUUCCCGUC